AUGUCUGAAACACAACUCUCCGACCAAUACCUAUACCAAAGCUCGCUGACAAGCGAUCCGGAGAUCAAAGUAUCAUCCGGCAAGCGCGUGCCGUUCGUUAUUGAUCUAAACCAGGGUUCGUACCAGAAUGGUGUUAUUACGAUUGACGCUACGGCUCAGCUGAACGGAAGUGAGGGAUUUGCUCCGCUCCGCGAUGCUUACAUCAUGCUUCCUUACAAGGUUACUAUGAAAAACGAUACUACGGCUCAGACAACAGCUGCGAAUCGUUUCUGUGCUACUCUAAAGUGUGGAAACUGGGACGUCAUUGAUUCGAUGUCUUUAGAACUAAAUGGCAAGACUAUUGUGAGUAUGGCUGACUACAAACUCUUCUGGAAUAACAUCCGGGCUCAAACCGGCUAUAGCUCUCAGUAUGUUGAGAAGCAUGGAGCGGAGUCGUUCCUUUACCCCGAUGCUGCUCAGUCAGUUCUAUACAGUAGCGCAGUCACUUCUACUACUGGUGAUGGCUAUUCGAACACUACAGCAUUUUCUCCUUCGUUUGCUGCGACUGGACCAUCCGGUGGAGCUUCUAUUGCUAGCGAUGGUCUUGUAAAGCGACUGCUAUCAAACCCUCCAUCUGCUGGUUCUGAUUUCAGCGCUUCUUGGCCUUCCCUUGGAGCUGCUGCUGCUUCUACAACCAUUGCUAACCAGACCGCGCGCGUUGCCUUUGUAGCUGGAGCUGCUACUGCCAAUGCAAUCAUAGGUACGUGGAACUACAUGCUUAAGAUUAAGUUAGAUGAUCUUCACCCAAUCUUGAAGGAACUUGAUCUAAUGGCGAAUCCCCAGAUCCGUCUUUGCUUCAGAGUAGACCAAGGUGUAUCAGCGGUGGCUGUUGAUGCUGGUAAGGGGAUGAAGCUAACUUCAACUACUCUUGCAUCGGGUAAUACAUGUCCCGUGAUGGUUGCCGCCUCAAGCACUUGUAAUCCAAUGGCGAGUGUACUUGCAGCUUCUGCGCGUUUCAGUAUCGCGUGGGGAGCUGUUGUAGACUCACUCGAUCUUACUAUUGAUGGUACGUACAUGCCUUUCACGACUGCUCAACUUUACGUACCAUUCGUACGUUUCAACGAUUGCUACGCUCAAUGGUUUUACGAACGGGCUGGCACUGGUAAACAUGUAAAAAAUGCGAAGUAUGUCAUUCUGCUCCCGUUUGCUGAGCAAACAAGUAGCUUUAACUCUGCCCUCGCUCAAGAAUUUCAACCUUGGACUCUACACCCUGGCUCUUCGAUUCGCACUUUCAAUGUCCGCAUCGGUUCUACGCAGUGCUUUGAUAUUUCUCACGAUUAUGACUUUCAUGAGUUCACCAACGAGGUUGCCAAGAUUAGUGCAAUCAACGGUGAUCUGACUCUUGAACUUGUCAAUGGUCUACUUGACUACCAAACUUGGUCGCCAACAAACCGUGUUCUCUUUGCUGAUGUUAGUCGCUUGACGGAACGUGAUGUACCACAUGCCAUUCAGAUUCAAGGUGUUAACGCUGGUUGCCAGGGUGUUAAUAUGCUAGUCCUCGUAAUCUGUGAGCAGGAGCUGAACUAUGGUCGUCUAACAGGUGAUAUUUUAGAUUUUACAAUUGCUUAA